GAUAAGCACAACAAAAGAAUUUUGCAACACCCAGAACUUUUUCACUGCGACUUUUUCCUGCACAAAAAAGUUGAAAUUUGGCAAUUUACUAGCUUAAACUGAGUGGAAAAUGAGUUCGGCUCGUUUCGCGCGUUCCGGACGCGUCCGCAUCUGCAUUCUGAUGAGCAUGUUCAUCGUGCUCAUCAUGAUGAUAGUGAUCUACCAAAUGUCUCAACACCAAUUGGACGAGAGCCGCGCCUUCCAAGAGGGCCUUAGUGUCCAAAUGGAAUCACUAAAUGCCGAGAAAGAGACCGCCGAGAAAAGGAUGAGCCUGCUGCGCACGGAGAAGUUGAGUCUGCAGGAGAAGUACGAGGGUCAGCUGGCGGAGGCGAUGCAGAAGCAGCAGGAGACCGAGCGUGCCCUUCAGGAGAAGUUCGACGCACAGGUGGAGAAGUACAAGCUGCUGGAGUUGAAGCACUCCGACCUGGAAGCCGAGUGCCUGAAGAGCAAGAAGAAACACAUCGAGGACACCAAUGCAUUCGAUCAGAAACUGCAGAAGGUUCUGGCUGAUGUGCACAAGGACAAGGCGAGCAAGGAGCACGAGGUGGCUGUUUGGAAGGAAAAACUGGACAAACUAAAACGCGAUGGGGAGCACAAGAUACACGCGCUGGAGGCCACACUCGCUGAAUUCAAGACCAACUGCAAUUAUGUGCCCAAAGUCCAGCCCGCAGAGGCACCGGCCCAUGACCACCAGCAGCAACUGAACAAGCCCGCCGAACAGAUGCCCACUACACGCCACACCAAUCCCGCACAGCUGGCGCACAGCAUUGAAAAGCCGCGCAACGAGAAGUCCUUCGAUGCCCAAGUGCAAGUGAGUGAUGGCCUCUACAGGAUCGGCGGCGGGGUAAAUCUGCUAGCAACUAACCCAAACCAAAACCAAAACCAAACCAAAGCAUCUACUAACUACACAAUUAAGAGUAAUGGUGACGGAACCCAGGAGCAGCCACAGCAGCUGCCUCUGCUGCCCUUUGCCGUGCGCAACAACCACAGUCUCAUACUAAACUCUGUUGAAAACUUUCAGAUUGUGCCCAAAACGCUCAGUGAGAAGCAGCAGCAGGAAGAGCCGCAGCUGUCCGGCGGUCCUGUUUCCCCGCUGAGCGCUCCCCGCAAGAGCAGCACACAGGCAUCGAAGGGCGUUGCGUCCGCAAAGAAUGCUGGCGAUGCUCCAAACGCAUCCGUGGCCCCGAAGGUUAGCAGCAGUGGCCUGCCACCACUCGCCGUACCGCCGGCCAAGCCGGAGCGCAAACUUCCCGAAAACGUAGCUCCCAUCCCCGAUAACUUCGAGGACAAGGCGGACGCCAAGGGCGACGCUGGCGAUGUGGACACCGCCGCUGAGGAGAUGCCGAAGAACGAGAACAACAAUCGCUAUGCGAACGCCGUCAAUGAUCUGGAGAGCAACAAGAAUCUGGGUGUGGCGCCCAAACCCAUCGAGGAUUCGGGUGCUCACGAGGUCAAGGACGCUUUGAAUGAACCGAGCUUUAAUUUGCCCGCAGCAGGCCAGAACUUCUUUGAUGGCGAGUUGCCGGCUCCUGGUCCCGGGCCCGUGCCCGAUGAGCCGGCUAAGCAGAUGGCCGAGGCAGCCGGCGCUGGCGGUGGUGCUGAGGGAGACGACGACGACGAUGUGGGCGAUGUGGCAGUGAAGCAGCCGCAGCACCUGCUCGACACAGACAAUCUAAACAACGAAAUCGUGGCCGACCAGGGCAAAGAGUUUGCUGAGGGCAUUCACCUGGAAGAUGGCAUGGAUGAAGAUCAAGAUGAGGACGAUUACUCUAAUGGUGCGGCGCGCAAGAAGGGAGGCGAGGUUAUAAGAAAUUAAGUAAGAUAAUUUUCUAUGAAUAUUGUGCGGCAUGUGUGCAAAGGCUUUGAAAACCCUUUAUAUUAAAGUCGUGCUCACGCAUCCAUAGAUUUUAGGAAACCGAAUUGGUCAAAGAUGAUACGAAAGUCAGAAAACCAAUCAAUGGAUUUGUAUAAUACUUGAGGAUUAUAAAUCGAAAUCUAUCCCCGGGUGAACACGCCCUAAGCUAUUUAGUUUGUAAGUUAAGUUCAACGUAAUGACUACCAUCAUUUCGUAAAUAGCAAAUGAAAAACGAAUUAAAACUCGCAGGAAAUACAAUACUCUUAAAUAGAAACGAGAUUAGAGGCAGCCAGUUCAAGGCAUGAAUUGAAAUCGAUUUCACGAUCACAAAAUACUGUCGCAAUAAGAUAGCUAUACCUGCUUCCGUUGCUAGAUCCACCUCCAUAUCAUACACAAAAUUUCGCCCAUUUCAAAAAUACACUCUGGCGCUUUCCAUCUGCGUACAAUAUUUCCUUGUACUUGGUUUUCUGUGAUAAAAAUAACUCGCUCACUGCAUUUGGGCAAUGCUGCCUGUGUUUUUGUCGCUGCCUCAACAUUUCGCAUUUGCAUUUGAAUUUGGUCAACUCAUUUCGCUAGAGAUUAGGUAGCCACAUAAGAUAGGAAUGUACACACCGACACACUCGCCUAGCAUUCGAAAACACACACACACAAACUUUAUUGGUUAAUGAUUAUAAUAAACUUAAUUCAUAAAUGUUAAUUUCUCGAAUCUGGCUAAAUGAAAAUUUAAGAUGCCAUAAUUAAAUUACGCGGCGAGCCUUAA